CCCGGCCUUUGCAUGCCAUCUCCUGCGCUUGCAUGCCUUUUCCUGCGCUCGCUCGCCAUCCGCAUCCCCGUCGCUCUCCCCCGCCUGCGCUCUCGGCCUCCCUCGAUCGGGCCUGCUGCCGUCUGCCUCUGUCUGCCUCUGUCCGUGUGUCUCUGUCUCGCCAGGCCGCCGUCCUCUCCCUGCCGCAAUGAACCAGCAGUCGGAACUGCCCCAGCCUCCCGUCGCCAAGCACCAUGUUGAUGCCGGCGAUAAGGCCGACUCCAAGUUCUUCGACACUGCAUCGCUGGCCAGCUCCAUCUCCUCCAACGUCUCCUCGGCCCUGAGCUCCCUCAAGGACCUGUCGUCGUCCUUCACCCAGGUGGACCUGACCGCCUCCAUGGCUGCCCCCUCCAACGCCGAUCACGUCGCCGCCCAUGUCAAGGCCCAGCUCUACGGCGAGAAGAAGGCCAAGCUCUCGUCCCUGCUCCAGGAGACCAGGCUCCUUCUGGAGGAGGUCCGGCCCAGCACCAGCCCGUAUGUCGUCCGGUAUCCGACCGCCUCGCUCCCCGCCAGGACCGAGACGAGCCGACGCUCGUCCAUGAUCGUGGACAGCGGCUCGCCUUCGCUGUCGACAUCCCCGCAGCGGGCGCCGACCCCGACCAUGUCUGCGUCGGUCUCCCACUCGCGAGUCCUGGUUCCAAAGGACCCCCUGCGAGUGCUGCAGCUCGACCUCAAGAAUUACUCGUACAACCCCGACUCGCUCAGCACCGCCGACAUCACCCUCAUCUCGCAGCUGCUCGACGUCAAGUUCAAGGAGUCGCUCGCCCAUCUCGAAAAGCUCCACAACCGUAUCACCGACACUCGCUCCAAAGUGCUGGUCACCGGCGAUCUCAACGCCGGCAAGAGCACCUUUGUCAACGCCGUUCUGCGCCGCGAGGUCGUGCCGGACGACCAGCAGCCCUGCACCGCCCUGUUUUGCGAGGUCGUCGAUGCAGAGCAGAACGACGGCAUCGAGGAGGUCCACGGCAUCCACGAUCCCGAAGGCUACAACCGCCUGGACUCGACCACCUUUACCCGCCUGGACAUUCGCCAUCUGCGCGACACUGUCGAGGAGAAUGAGGAGAACUUUGAGCUGCUCAAGGUCUAUUGCCGCGACAACCGGCACAAGGACCACACCCUGCUCCACAACGGCAUCGUCGACAUUUCGCUGAUCGACUCGCCCGGCCUCAACAUCGACACCACCAAGACCACGGCGCUGUUUGCACAGCAGGAGGAGAUUGACGUUGUCGUCUUUGUCGUUAAUGCCGAAAACCACUUCACGCUCUCGGGCCGCGAGUUCCUGCAGACCGCCGGCAAGGAAAAGGCCUACAUCUUCAUCGUCGUCAACAAGUUCGACACCAUCCGUCGGGCCGAGCGCUGCCGAAGCGAAAUCCUCGAGCAGAUCCGCCAAAUCUCCCCCAACACCUUCAGCGACGCCUCGUCGCUGGUGCACUUUGUCAGUGCCCGCCAGACCCUGCAACACGAUCUCGAGAAGCAGAAGGCGCUCGAGGACGCUGCCUCGGGCAAGGUCCAUGAGCCGAUCGUCGCGGAGCCUGCCAAAUACAAGAACACAUCCCUGGACGACUUUGUGCGUCUGGAAGAGUGCCUCCGAUCCUUCAUUCUCGACAAGCGUGCGCGCUCCAAACUGGCACCGGCCAAGAUCUACCUGCAUAACCUCCUCGCCGACGUCCGCAAGAUCUCGGCCUUCAACAACGAUCAGGCCGAGGAGACCUUCAACUCGCUCGCCCACGAGAUGGACGUCAAUCUGCCGUCGUACGAAAUGAUGAAGGGUAUCAAGGAAAAAUACUUUGACGACGUCGACAAGGUGAUCGAGGACGCCGGCAGCCAGGUCGAGGCCUACUGCGAGAAGCAGCUCUCUGGCCUCGCCGAGGACCUCGAGUCCUACACCGACGAGCUCGAGUGGAACGGCAUCGUGUAUAUGUGGCAGUAUGCCCGCGACCUGCGCAACAUGAUCUACAAACUCGCCACCCACCGCAUCAAGAAGGCUGAGGAGUUUGCCAGCAAGAGCGCCCUCAGCUGCAUCCAGGAGAUCCAGAAGCUGGCGGCCGAGUGCAUGGACCAGCCGCCCAAGAUCGAUCUUGGCGUCGUCACCAGUGCCUUUGAUGGCGAGCUGAACGACGACAAGAUCAAGACCCUGCCGCUGGAGCUGGACGACUUUUUCGAUCUGCGCGACAAGCUGGACAUUGCCCAGUCGUACGUGCCCGGCGUGGGCAUGGCCCUCGGUGGCCUGAUCGGAUACAAGGCUGGCCUCAAGCUGGCGGGCAACCCGAGUCUGGCCAAGCUGCUGUUUGCGGGUCUUGGCGUUGCAGGCGUUGGCUUGAUCGCCUACAGCCUUUCGGACGUCAAGGCGACCGUCCAGAAUCAAGUCCGCACCAAGAUGGUCGAGCACCUCGAGCGCACCCGCUUUGCCGAGACCAACAAGACCCGCAUCGCCAAAACCUUUAGACGGGUCCUGCGUCUGGCCAUGUACCAGUUCCAGAACCAGUUCCUCAAGGAUCUGGAGGAACGCACCCAGAAGCUCUCGCAGCAGCGCCAGCGCAAGGAGACCGCCAACGAGACCGUGUCGUUCUUCCACUCGGUCAUCAAGCACGUCAAGCGAAUCGAGGAGGCCCUGGACCAAAUCGAUCUCGAGGACAAGUUGUAAGCGGCUGCUGCCCCUCUCUCCCAAGACAAGGGCUGUGGCGAACCGAGCCUCUCGCCCUCUAUCGAUUUCUUCCGCUGCACACUUUA